AUACAACUCCAUACAGCAGUAUGUGAUUUCUAGCACUCCAACCAUGGAAACUGGGAAUUUAUCCGGAGUUGCGAUGCUUCUUAUCCUCGCUUUAUCCUCCACUAAUGGAAAUCUGGAAAUCUCGGCAACUUCUGUGGGGAAUCUGACAAGAUCUAAAAGUGCAAGACAAGCAGAGAGUUAUUAUGAAAAAUACGAAGGCUUGGCUGUGGCCAGCAACGAUCUAGGAAAAUUCAAGGAUUUGCUAUCCCCGAUCCUCAAGCGACGAGUUUCUGGGACUCCGGCUCACGCUGCUGUCAGACAACACGUAUCAAAAACUCUGACGGACUACGGAUUCACCGUGUGGCAUCACGAAUUCAAGGACAGAGUGCCCGUCGUAGACCUGGUCAUUAGAGGUCAAGAACUCAGUUUCACCAACAUCGUCGCAACGUAUCAUCUGGACAACACCAACGGCCCUAAACGCAAAAAGCUGAUCCUAGCUUGUCACUACGAUUCACUGUACGCGCACGCCCUCAGCUCAUUCGUUGGUGCCACGGAUUCUGCCGUACCGUGCGCCAUCUUGCUUGACAUCGCACGAGUUCUCGCACCGCUGCUCUCCAAGGUCGAAAACUUGUUACCAACUGGGGUCAUUGGGAGUCUUCUAGGAGUCGGUAGUGACUGGCUGAUAGCUAGACACUUGGGAGUUGCUGUUGUUGGGUGGGAUCACAUGUGGCAAGGGUGUCGUUUGGAAGUCGGCUCCAACUGGCUGUUAGCUAGAUACUCAGGAGCUGCUGUUGACUGU